GGUCCUCGGUGUGCAUUUAGAGAAAUGAGACGUCCUUCAAAAUGGCACGCUGAAAUUCAUUUCCGGGUCACUACCGGAGGACCGAGGAGUCGAGGAGGGAAAAUUUGAGUAUUGAGAAGCCUCUAUGGACAAAACAAACACAGACAGGGGGAAAAGAAGGAGGAAGUACUGCAGAUCCUCACACACAGAGCUCGCACCUGUGAGAAGAAGCACGGGUAGACUACCACCGCCACAGUAGAGGCUCUGAAUCCCGAAAGUGCAGCCUGUUGCUCGGACACAAUUGAAGCACCAUGUCGUGGCUCUUCGGCUGGUGGGGGGGCUCCGGUUCGCCGUCAUUGGAGGAGCAGGUAACGGCUGCUGCAGCUGAAGGAGCCGGGGGAGCACCAGGAGGUUCAGGGGGAGGCAGAGCCGGGGACAAGUGGAGCAACUUCGACCCGACUGGGCUGGAGAGAGCUGCAAAAGCUGCAAGGGAACUCGACAAAUCACGACAUGCCAAAGAAGCGCUUAGUUUGGCUCGUAUGCAGGAGAAGACUGUACAGCUGGAGCAUGAGAGUAAAGUUAAAGAAUAUGAGGCGGCUGUGGAGCAGUUGAAGGGUGAGCAGAUACAUCUCCAGGCCGAGGAGAGACGCAAAACACUGGUAGAGGAGACAAAGCAGAACCAGGCGAGGGCACAAUUUCAAGACAAGCUUGCCAGACAGAGGUACGAUGAACAGCUCAGGCAACAGCAAUUUCUCAACGAGGAGAACCUUCGCAAACAAGAGGAGUCGGUCUUGAAGCAGGAGUCCAUGAGAAAAUCUACCAUUCAACAUGAAAUGGAGCUGAGACACAAGAACGACCUGCUCCGCAUUGAAGCGCAGUCCAAAGCCCAAGCCCAGGUGGAGAGGGAAAACGCAGACAUCAUCAGGGAACAGAUUCGCCUGAAAGCUGCUGAACACAGACAAACUGUCCUUGAAUCUAUAAAGACGGCAGGAGUUGUGUUUGGGGAGGGAUUCAGGGCCUUCAUCUCCGACGGGGACAAAGUCACAGCCACGGUUGCUGGGUUGACUCUGUUGGCAGCAGGAGUGUAUUCGGCCAGGAAUGCCACAGCGGUGGCCGGCCGCUUCAUAGAGUCUCGUCUGGGGAAACCAUCACUGGUCCGAGAGACCUCCAGGAUAACUGUUGUAGAAGGCAUCAAACACCCAAUCACGACAACCAAGCGUCUGAGAAGCAGACCUCAGGAUGCCUUGGAGGGCGUGGUGCUCAGCGCCAAUUUGGAGGAACGAGUAAGGGAUAUUGCCAUCGCCACUCGUAACACCAGGCAGAACAAAGGCUUGUACAGAAACAUCCUGAUGUAUGGCCCCCCUGGAACUGGAAAAACACUCUUUGCCAAGAAACUGGCUCUCCAUUCAGGGAUGGACUAUGCCAUCAUGACAGGUGGGGACGUGGCACCCUUGGGGCGCGAUGGAGUCACUGCCAUGCACAAGGUGUUUGACUGGGCCAGCACCAGCAGGCGAGGCGUCUUGCUCUUCGUGGAUGAAGCCGAUGCGUUCCUGCGUAAGCGAUCCACAGAGAAAAUCAGUGAGGACCUCAGAGCCACCCUGAAUGCAUUCCUCUACCGCACUGGGGAGCAGAGCAACAAGUUCAUGCUGGUGCUUGCUAGUAACCAACCAGAGCAGUUCGACUGGGCCAUUAAUGACCGCAUUGAUGAGAUCGUAAACUUUGCGUUACCUGGUCAAGAAGAGAGGGAAAGAUUGGUGCGCCUGUAUUUCGACAAAUUUGUGCUGGGUCCUGCAACUACAGGAAGACAGAGAUUAAAGUUGACUCAGUUCGACUAUGGCCAGAAGUGUUCAGAAAUUGCAGUGCGAGCAGAAGGCAUGUCUGGCCGUGAAAUCUCCAAACUUGGUGUGGCCUGGCAGGCUGCCGCAUACUCCUCUGAAGAUGGAGUUUUGACCGAAGCAAUGAUUGACUCAAGAGUUGAGGAAGCCGUCAAGCAGCAUGCACAGAAAAUGGACUGGCUGCUUAUGGAAGCAGGUGCGGGUGUUGGCAAGUUCGGUGUAAUUGUCCCUAAGGAAAUGGCUGCAGAAGUCACAGCCCAGGAAGCUGCUUCACUUGCACAAACCCCAACUAUACAACAAGUCCUUCCCCUCAUUAAUGUUGUGGGCAGCGCUGCCCAGGUGGAAGCAGCUGCUCUGCCUAUAGAAUUAGAGGCAGAAGCUAUCCUUAAAGAAGCAUCCACUUUGGUUAAAGAAAGUGAAGCUAUUGCAGUUGAAACCAUUGUUGAAACAGCCUCUGCUGCUCCGUUGGUGCAAGAGGUUGAAGCCAUUAAGGACCUAACUGAGGUUGUUGGCACAGCUGUAGCUACAGACACUGUUGUGCCUGAGGUGAAAGAAGUAGUCGCUGAAGUUAUAGAGGCCGAGAGCAUACCAGCUUCCAGCGCCACAGAGACCGUUGCUGUUAGUAGAGAGACCGAGGCCGUUAGUAGAGAGACCGAGGCCAUUGAAGUAGUCAAGGAGGAAAUAGAUGUUCUAGCACACUCGGAAACAACAGUCACUGCUGUUGCUCAGGAGGAGAAAUUAGAUGCCGUCAUCUCUAAUGUUGUCCAGGAACCAGAGGCUACAGUCGUUGAAGUCCAAGAAACUGAGUCCACUGCCACGAUCAUUGCUGCUGUAGAAUCUGAAGCCAUCAAAGUUGCCGAGGUAGUAGCAACUGAUACAGCAAACGUUGCGGAAGAAAUUGCAAGCGAUGUGGCUCAAGAGGCUGAAGUAAUAGCAACUGAUGUGGCCAGGGUUGCUGAUGCCGUAGCAACCGUCAGUGAGGAGAUUGAGGCAGCAGUCGCCAAGGAGGUCGAAGCUGUAGAAAGUUCGGUUGUCAAGGACUCAAAUGAGGUUUUGGGGGAAACUGUGUCUGAAACUUUAGAGAUUACUAAAGAGGCCCAAGAGGUUGUAACAGAUGUGGUCAAGGAGUCAGAGAGUAUUGCUACAGAGCUUGUUAAGGAGGUCGAACCUUUGAUUGCUGAGACAGCUGCCAAGGAAGCUGAAUUCAUCUCAACAGAAACUGAAGCUAAGGAGCCUCAGACUUCUGCCAUUGGGUCUACCACAGAGGUUCAGACUUUGGCUACAGAGAUUGCUGCCAAGGAGGCCGAGGUCACAUCUGCUGAAGUUUCCCAAGAGGCUGAAGUAACAUCUGCCGAAGUUUCGAAGGAAGCUCAAGUAACAUCUGCAGAGGUUUUCAAGGAAGCAGAAGUCACACCAGAAGAGGUUACCAAGGAAGCCGAAGUCACACCAGAAGAGGUUACCAAGGAAGCCGAAGUCACACCGGCAGAGGUUACCAAGGAAGCUGAAGUCACAACAGAAGAGGUUUCAAAGGAACCCGAAUUCCUGACAACCAAGGACGCAGACACUAUCUCUACAGAUGAUGUGAAACUGCCCGAGACUGCUGAGGUUGGUGCCCAAACAAGUCCAGCCACUGAGAAGUCGGCUGCCUCUCAGACCAGCACUGAAGAAGUAGAAACUGAGAAGCCUCUUUCAAAUGAACAGAGUGGGGACAACAAGGACAAACCCCAAGCCAAGCCUAGUCCAAAGAAAUGAUCACUUGAUGUUGAUGAAAUGUUGUUAACACUAGGUGUGAAAGGCUUUGUAGUCUGUCUGCUAUUCUAUCAAAAAUGUUUAACACAAUUACUGUGAACGCCUUCAAGGUAAUGUUUGUAUUCUGGCCUGUAAGUUUGCAAGAAUCUGAGUAAAAGCAUUUGUGGACCACUA